GCGUGGAGAAAUGGAAGGGGAGUGCAGGGCGGCCCCGGCCUUGGGUCCGGGCCCUGAGGAGUCCAACGGGGCGGCCCCGGUCCCGACCCCGGCCCGGCGGCGUCGGAAAGCCGCUAAGAAGCGAAAGGAGGCGGCGGCGGCGGCGGUAGUGAUCCCGCGGGGCAGGCCCAAAUCGGGGCGGGUGUGGAAGGACCCCGGCAAGAAGAGGUUCUCACACAUGAUCCAGGACAAGGCCCUUCGCACCUCUUGGGCACGGAAGAUGAAGGAGCGGCAGGAAAGGAAGCUCGUCCGGGACCUGGCACGGCAGCUGCAGGAGGGGAAGCAGAGAGAGCGAGAGGAGAAGAAGCGGCGGCGGGAGGAGAACCUGAAGCGGCGCCUGGAGAAUGAGCGGAAGGCGGAGAUUGUGCAAGUGAUCCGGAACCCACUGAAGCUCAAGCGGGCAAAGAAGAAGCAGCUGCGGCGGGUGGAGAAGCGGGACACGCUGGCCCUGCUCCAGAAGACACCCGUGCGGCGCAAAGCAGCCAUGGAGUGAGACGGGAAACGGGGCACCACGAUGCCCGGCCCAGGCAGCCGAGGUUUCUACGGCUCCUGCUUCUCUCCAGGGGUGCUUCCCUGGCUUGGUGGGCAGGAGUCGCUGCCUGGGCCCUCAGUGUCGGACAGACAGCGGGACAGAGAUGGGGUGUGUUACACAGCACCAUGACCCGCAGGAACCAGCUUCUGGAUCCCCCCUGCCCUGUGAAGUUGGGGUGUUGCUGACAGCCAGGGGCUGGAAGGAGAACUGCUUCACCUACCCAAAUCUGCUUUUUCUUUAUAAAAACGAAUAGGAACUGACCCAGACUCGCCUCCAACAGCUCAGGGUGGGUUGGUGGCUCCAGCUCAGGAGCCUUCCCUCUGCUGAGGCAGAUCUCCCUCAGCCUUCCUGGGAUCGCAGAGCACCAUGGCUCCCUCACUCCCUGAGGCUCCCCUUCCUCAAAGAGGGGUCUUGCCCCCCCCCAGGAAUGAGCCCUGGUGCCUGUCACAAAGGGAGGGGGCACAUCUUUGCUACGCUGCGGAGAUGG